AUGUCGAUCGCAUCCGCUCCCCCAAUUCUGGACUUCUCCCCAAUCUACGGAGAAGAUGGCGAAGCAAAGACCAGAUUGGUAGAGGAAGUUCGCAAGUGCUGUCACUAUAACGGCUUCUUCCAAAUUACUGGCCAUCGCGUACCAAUCGAACUACAACGACGCGUCAUGAACUGCUCGAAGAGAUUCUUCGACCUGCCUCUGGAAGAGAAGCUAAAGAUCGACAAAAACCUUAACUCUUUCAAUCGCGGUUACGAACUCCUCCGAUCACAAAUGUUGGAAGUGGGCACCGGUCCCGAGCUAAAAGAAGGACUCUACAUUGGCGAAGAAAUCCCCGAGGACCAUCCCUACUUCCUGCAGAAGAAAUUGAACAGCGGUCCGAACCAGUGGCCGCAGUCGGUCCCGGAUACCGAAGAAUUCCAGAAAACAACAAUGGAAUACUACCACGCGGUAUUCGAACUGGCAAAAGACGUCCUUGCCGUUUUGGCAUUGACUCUCGGUGUUGAAUCCAGCUACUUCGACCCCCUUACCGCCGGAGCCGUCGCGACAAUGCGAUUCCUACACUAUCCCGCGCAACCCAAAGACGAGGACGAGAGAUUGAACCGGGGGAUUGGAGCGCACACGGACUUUGGCUGCGUCACUUUACUGCUACAAGACGAGGUGGAUGGUCUCCAGGUUUUGGACGCUCCUACCGGAGAAUGGCUUGAUGUGAAACCCGUCCCCGGAGCUUAUGUGGUGAAUUUGGGAAACCUCUUCAUGCGCAUGGCCAAUGAUAAAUACAAAUCCAAUACUCAUCGAGUGAUCAAUAAGUCUGGCAAGGAGAGGUACUCGAUUCCGUUUUUCUUCAGCGGGAAUCCGGAUUACCUGUGCGAGUGCUUGCCGAAUUGUCGCGAGGCGGGCGAGGAUGCAAAAUAUCCGGCUAUCACUGUUCAGGAUAUGGUUACUGCUUCGUAUAAGGAGAGCUAUGGUCGGGCGGAGAAUUACAAGAAAGAAAUGGAAGCGAAGAAGAUGGAUUUGCCUGCUGUUGCUGCGGUUGGUGCGUAG